AUGCCUGUCUGGGGACCUGCAGACUACGUGCCCGAAAUUAGACCGUUCGAGCCUCCCUACUUUUUUCGCAUCAGUCAGUGUCAGAAAUGGGGUGCCGCCGUUACCGACGAAAUGCGUGGCGACGAGCUUCUCUGGAGGACAUAUUGGAAGCGAUUCAAUACCGUUGAAAUUCCAAUCUUGCCACAGGACGAGUUCUUUGACACUGCACUAUCAAUUGCCAAGCUUGCGGGCGGCCGUCGGGCUGAAUUCGAGAGGAUAUUCGAAGAGAAGAACAAACAAAGGUGGGGGGAGGUUAAGAGACAGUUGGGCAAGACGGAAUAUCACGCUAAACACAUUCUAAAAGGCAAUACCUAUGGAUAUGAAGCGGAUGUUGUACGCGAGGAACCUCCGGACAAGGCGCCCAACAGCCUUGACGAGAUGCAGACACCUAAUGAAGAAUAUUUCGACGAGGACGGCCUCCCCCGCUCGCAGAUGUUCAACUAUGACCCCGACAUCUGCUUCUACGAGGAGCCUUCGACCAAGGAUUGGAGAGAACCCCUAAUGGCAGAUAAUGUUUUUUACAUAGGCUCGUACGCCGUCGACUAUGCGCCCCCUGAGUUGAACGAUGGUGACGAAGGAGCUCUCAAUCCUGAGACUGGGAGAACCUCUUCCAAGUCGCCGCGUUUGUCGCGCAGCACAUCUACCCCGAGAAAGGGAGACGAAGAAAAGACAACACAACCAAUGACGCAAAAGAAGCGGAAGCGAAAGAGUGUUCGCUUUGAUGAUGUUGUCGAUGUUGAACGUCAUCAGCACCAACAGGAACUUGACCCUGAGGAAAAUGAUGAUGAUAAUGUUCGUGCGCAUAAGCGCGCAAGACUGGAGGCUCCACCACCACACACUUCCUCUCUUGCCCAACCAGCUGCGGACGAAAAUCACCUCAUAUAUCCUCCCCUAUCCUGA